AUGAAAUUGCUUCUCUCGUUCGUUUUACUGGGCGCCCUCCAUCAAUGGGCGGCGGCAAACAAGAUAUUGUUUGACGGAAGGAUUCCUCUCUGGACGAAAAAUGAGACACUCGAUGCGUCUGCAGAUCCUUUUCUGACCGCCGUUAAAGGCAGAUCUUAUCCCGCCACUCACUACUCUGGUUUCCUAGGCAAACACUUUCAUCCCACACCCCUCUGGAACGGAUCGCCUGAACAGGUGAUAUCCAUAAGGAUCGACAACACGUCCGUUUUUAUCCCAGGGAACGGUACUGGCGUCCCCCAAUCUGGAUUUCGGAGGACCGAGUUGAUAGCUCAACGGAAUGGAAGUGCGAGUAACGCCGAUAGGGUUAUGGAAUCUGGGGUUACCCGCUUCCACUUCUCUAUCAAAGCUGAUCAACGGUGGCCUCUGAAUUAUACGCACGAGUAUCAAGUCGUGUUCAUUGAACCUAGUGAUGGGUCUCAUGUGUUCGGGAUUCAGCUGGGUUCACCAUUCACUAAUCCGACUGGUAUUCUACCUGCGCCAUAUGCGAGAUGGUUCAAGGUACUGGAUCAUAAUUUGAAUGUGCUCUUCAAGACACCGUUCACGACGGACGUAUGGCAUAACUUUGCUAUCCGAGUCGAUUGGGAGAACCGGACACUUCAAGUCUUGUAUUCAAUCGAGAGUAGGCGGCUGGCGAGUGUUACGGAGGUCGUGUCUAAUCCUACGGUUCCGCUGGGUGAUGCCGGGAAAGGAGAUUUUCAUGUUGGGCUGUUGAAGCUUCCGCUCGUAAACCCUGCUGAUUCCCCGGCGAACCAGGGUGAUGUUGUUCAUUACGGUUUGCAAGAGGGAACUGUAGAAGGAUUAUUGUAUUCUGGUAUUUUUGUGGAGCGGAUAUCCUAA